AACGUAAUAUCAAAAGUUAAACUGUCAAUGUAGUCAUACAAAACUUUUGAAAUUUUGAAUAUCAGAAUAUGUACGAAGAUAAUGACACUUAAUAGUUAAAGUAAGGCUCUGUAUACCUUAUAGUGCCCUAGUUAGUUAAGUUAGCUACUAAAGUUUAGAAUCUCAGUAAAUACCAAAUAAGUUAAGAGUGUUGUAGCUUAGUAUUUUCUUGGUGCAUUAAGUAUUGUUUAACUUCACUACUUCCAGAUUCUAAUAUUCAAAUUGUAUGGAAUACAAAUUAAGUUUUUCAUCAAAAUUUUAAGCAAGCUGUCUUAUGGAUUUCUCUAGUGUUGAAUAUUAUAUUAUUUUGUGUGUGCUAAUUGUUCCAGUCUAUUAUUUUUUUCAACUUUGGGCAUGGCUAGGAUGGGAAUUGUUUAAGAAUAAUUAAUCAUCAAAAAUAAAACAAAAUAAUAAUCAAACACAAUGUCUACUACAUGCAGUUCAAGAAUUCUAAAUAUUUUAAAUGAAGAAAAAGAAAAUUCAAGUUUAUUUGAAAAAGAAAAUUCUGUGUAUCCUGUUUAUAACCGAUCAGAUGUUGUAGACAGAGAAAAAAAUAUCCCAAACAUAUUUAUUACACCAGAAUGUAAUCAAUUGGAUUGUGUUUUGUACCCAUCGAGUUUAACAAAAAGAGAAAAAGCCAUUCCCGAUAUAUUUGAUUUCAAUGCAUUUCAAGCGAGUUCUACAAAUACUUUCAAUAAUACAGAUAAAUUAUUUGAUUAUCCUAAUUUAUUUACCUUGGACAAGAUAUAUUCAGAACCAUGUGGUUACAAAAAUAAUAUCUGGGAAAAAUAUGGUAAUUAUACAAGUGUAUUUAGUCUAUCAGAUAUUCAGCACACUGAUUGUGCACAACAUUUAGAGAUUAAUAAUAGGGACCAUGCAAAAAAAGAACAAAUAUAUAAAGAUGAUACAUUUUCACUUGAAUCCAAGGAGACAUUUAUUAGCACCAAUAUAUCAGAAGUAAAUGAAUCAAAUACAACUGAACAAUUUUCUAUCCCAGGAGAAGAAAAGAUUAGUUCUGCUCUAUGUUUUUGGUAUAUUGCCACGGGAAUAAAUGUGAGAGAUCAUAACUUAAAAACAUAUUUUCCUCAAAGAGAAAUUAGUGGCAUAUGUAUCAUGCAAGAUAUUAAACUAAUGUUGAUCAAUAUGGGCACAACUUAUUUUCUUGUAGAUAAAGAAACACUUAUGUACAAACGGAAUGGAAACAUUAGUAUUAGUGGCUUAACACCAGAAAUGUUUGAGUCUGCUACUGAUCCAAUUUUGGAGUGUUCUAAUUUAUACAAAAUUAUCAGUAGCACAAUAACUAAAUGGAAGGAAAUAUGUGACAAUAGUAUUGUUCAAGCAUUCAUAUUUUCUGUAUCUAAUAUAUUGGAUGAUUAUGAACGAUCAAUUUAUGCCGUAUCAAACGAAUCUUUGUUGUCACUUGUUGGUCGUUUAUCUUUUAUAGCUCCUCGCUUACAGUUGUUAGCGAAUAUAUGUUGUAUAAAAACACAUGGCUGCAUGGUCAUUCCAGAUCGUAUACCUUGUGGUAUCGCAUUGUUGAACAAAAUUCAUGAUUAUUUGUUUGAAUAUCGAUUCCCGAGUGAUUUAUUUCUGAAGAUGUUGUUGUACAUUUUUGAAUCAUGCUGCUUAGCUUAUUUCAAAUUAUUAUCAAAUUGGGCAUUAAAAGGUGUGUUAAAUAAUGAAGAAACUGGCAUGUUUAUUAAAGUAAAACCAGAUAUUGACGAUGAAGAUUUUGAUAGCCGUAUAAAUUGGAAUCGUUUUAUAAUAGAUGAGAAUGUAGAAGUUCCAUUAUUUUUAAAUAAAUACAAACAUGAUAUCUUACAUUGUGGAAAAACUAUUAAUUUCUUCAAAAAAUUCAACGAUUUAAAUGUGUUUUUACCAAAUUUAACUUGUUGUUUCGAUGCUGUUGAUUCUCAGAAGACUUAUGAACAAUUUUCAACAUAUUUCAAGUAUGACCCUGGAAAAAAAAAUGUAAAUUGUGUAAAAAGAAUGUCAAACUGUUAUCUAUAUGAAUCAAUUGUUGGGUCUAAUUAUUCAAAAGACAAUACUGAUAGUUAUAGUAAUACAACUGAAAAUAUAACCAAUGUUACAGACAUUAAAAUAUAUUCUAACAACGAAAGUUAUGAAUUAUUUCAAAUACCUGAUUGGACUUCAGUUAAUAAUAUAUAUGACUUUAAUAAACCUUAUGGAUUUUUUGUGGAUCAUAACGAUUCAUUAACAUAUAAUGGAAAUAUUUUUGAUGUUGUUAACAUGAUAGACUAUGUACCUCAUUCAAUACUAAUACCUGCUCGCAUACAAAAGAGUGUUUGCGAUAAGCAAAUAUUGGACAUGUACUUUUCCCAAGAAAAUUUAAUGGAACAUCUAUAUUACUUAUCGCAGUGCUUCUUUUUAAUGAAUUGGUCGUUUUCAUCUAAACUGUGCAAGACACUAUUUGACGGUAUUGUGACCAACAGACAACAACCUACUAACAUCUUCAAUCCAGUCAAGUUAAAAUCUAUUGUAGAUGAUGCUAUUCAGGAUAGUUUUCCUAGACAUGAACUACAUAAUUUGACAUUAGAGAUGACUUUUAUCCCAGGCUUAAAUGGACUUAUUGACAUUUCAGAUGUGGAAUGUAUAGAAUUAAAUUAUUCACCUAAAUGGCCAAUGAACAUGAUUUUGUCAAACAAAAUAUUAUUGAAGUAUAGACGGAUAUUCUUGUUUGCCAAUAAACUAGAAUUUGUUUCAUGGAGUUUAUUAAAAGCAAGGGAAAUAUUGAAUGUAUAUAAAAAUGAUAAAGGAUUACAAUUAAGAAAGAUAAAUCUUUUUAAACAUUGGAUGAAUCAAUUUGUGUCAUCUAUUCAGCAGUAUUAUAAGCAAGUGGUAAUUAGCACAUGCUGGUCAGAAUUAAACGAAAACUUUGAAAAUGUAAAAAAUUAUGAUGAUUUAUUUACGUAUCACAAACAAUACAUGCAUAAAAUGAUAAAGCGGUGUUUCAUGAUUGUUGGUCUCAAAGAUAAACUUAUUAUGUUGAACAAAAUAUACAUAGAAAUAUUAGCUUAUUAUCAAGCAUUAGUGAGUGGUCAAUUUUACAUGAAAAAUACUGAAUGGUUACAUUCAGAGUUCUUCUGUAUGGAACAGUCUUUUUCUCGGUUUGUAAAGCUAAGAGAAAUGUUUUACACGAGUGUAUUGAAAACUGUGGAAACCCAGGGAAAUCAUUAUGUAGAACAAUUAGAGAGUUUAAUUACUAUACUUGGACCGUUAAAUAAUAAUUUUACAUGAGCAGUAAUGUUAAUAAACAACACUUAAGUAUAUUUUCAAAUUGUUAUUAAGUUACGAAUAUUAAAUGUUAUAUUUUUAAUACAGUUAAUGUACUCAAAGUUUUCUAGAAAAUAAGCUUCAGUAACUUUAGUUGAAAUGUUAUGUUAUUACAUGCACAAAAAUGUUAUACUGAAGACUCACUACUAUCAUGUUAACAUUGUUAACUAUCAUAUUGAUUAAUAUGUAAUUUAUUGUUAUUCUAGUACUAGUCUUUUGUUUUAUACUGUAUCAUAAAAUUAUAUAUAUUAACUUCCAUGAUUAAAUAUUAAUGUUUCGAUUA